AUGGACUCCAGCAGAGAUAACGUCUUCUCCCCGGGUCCAUCCACCCCGCCCCCGCAGUUCCAGAUGCAUCCAUCCUCCGGCUCUCCUGCGCCCUCCGUGCGCGAGCCCCCCGCGCCGAACACUGUCCAGGCGCACCUUGACUCACUCAUCCACGGGCUCAACAGCACACCUUCUGCCCCUUCUGCUUCCCACGUUAGCCCGCAGCCCAGCGUUGCGAGCGCGACUAUCUAUCACGGCCCACAGGAGCAAACACACUCCGGCCCUGCAACUCCAGCGUCCGGGCACGCUGGUUCUGUUUCUUCCAACAUGUCUGGUCCCAGCAACCAGGCCACCGACCGCCAGAACGCCCUGCUAUCUCUUCUUGGUUCCGUUUCUACUCCCCCCCAGCCCCAGCCCCAGCCCCAGCCCGCACCUCCGCUCAUCCCGCAGAUGAAUCCUAUUCAGCCCCAGCAGGUGCCUACGCCACCAGGAUCGGCGCCACGAGGAGGAAUCUCGAGCAACGAGACGACCAAGUUGCUCCUGGAGCAACUGAUGUCGAGUGCUCCCAGGUAUAACCAAGCAGAGACCCAGCCCGCGAACAUGUCCAUGCCCCCCUCCGGAGCUUCCCCACCUUACAUUCCGUUGCCUCCCGAGCCGUCGCACCACGACGAGUACGCCAUCCCUCCGGAGGCCACUGGCUACAGUCAUGACCGUGAUGGUUCUGGGAUGAUGCAGCCGGAGUCCCAGCAACGCGCGCCGUCUCCUACCCGCCGGUCGAUGUUUGAUUUCGUUUCACCGUUCGAUGCCCUUGGAUCGAGUCCUGUCCCCAAGAGGAAGCCCAACGCGCCACAGCCGUCCGAGGACCCCUCGUCCCAGUGGACGUCCUCGAUGGCGAUGGAUCCCAAGCGCAAGUCAGUCGAGAACCUUAUGGAUCAGCUCACGCGUAGCCAGAUACCGCCCCCGCCCCCUCAACACCAACCGCCACAGCCGGUCGUCAUUCCCUACGAGCCCGUUUACCAGCCCGAAGAGCCUUCGUACCGCGAGGAGCCGAUGCAAGCUCGCUCGCGCCCUCUUCCACAACAGCCCCUCAUCCCCACCGGAUCUCCUCGCUCCUCCCCUCCUAAGCCGGCAAUCCUGCCUGCGCGUCAACAGCGUCGCUCUGGUGAAUCCCCCAUUACUACCGGGGGCAACCAGGGUCCGUAUGGGAACACCUACCAGCGCGACAAAGAGGGCUCCCCGCUCCCUCAGCGCGGCGGUAACGAGCCCAAGCGCACCGGCUCCAAGGGCAAAAACUCCAGCCCGAGCGCACAAAGCCAGCAGACCAUCGUCUUCGACGUGUCGCAGCCGCUCGACGAGAUCCAAGCACCUCAGGAUGCCGUCAAAUCCACCGCCAUUGCGCUCGUCAAGGUCGACUCGACGUUCCUGCCUGGCACGACCAUCGGUGCCACGCAGUGGGUCGCUUACGCGAUGACCAAGGGCCGCGUUCGUGUCAUCUCGCGCUCCAGCGGCGAUCGCACUCUCCUCCAGCUCCCCACGAUUUUCCCCAACACGACCGCCGUCACUGACAUGUCUGUCAACGGUAACCGCCUGGCAGGCGUUACGUCCGACGGUGGUCUUGUCGUCUGGGAGCUCCCCGAGGUCAUCACCGACGACGUUCCCGGACGCUUGAUGCUCUGUGUCUUCCCGGAGACCAACGCCGAGCGUCUCCACGCAGUCAAGUGGCACCCUCAAGAGCCCGAUCUCCUCGCUGUGUCGUCUGACCAGCAUGUUUACUUCCUGAACAUCGUGAACGCGGCUCAUGCGUACAGCGGCGAGCCGAUCGUCCAGCACGAUCUCGAGGGCAUCGCGCAGACGUUCACCGUCUCAUCUCCCAUUGUCGCCAUCGACUACGACGUUCCCCGAUCGGCGCUCGCGGCAAUCUCUGAAGAUUCCACGCUCACGAUGUGGAACCUCCGUGACACGCUGCCUUUCUGGUCCCACAAGAUCAAAGGCGACGAUCAGCCGUCUUCGCUUACUUUCGUCGACGGCGGUGUGAUCAUCGGACGCAAGAACGGCACGAUCUUCCAGCUCUUGCCUGUGAUGGGCCGCCAGGUGCUCUCCACUGUCAAAUUUGUGAAUGGCGAGCGCGAGGACCCGCUGAUGUUCGGGCACGCGAACUACGACUCGCGCAUCCAGACGCUUUGGGUUGCCAACAACCGGCGCGAGAGUAUGAUCGCUUUCAAGCUCAACUUCGACGUCGGCGCUCCAUCCCCCGGCGGUGAAGACCUCAGCCGCGUUGGCUACUUCGAUCAGGUCGUCGAGUUCACGGGGCCGAAGCCGACCAUCCACUUCGUCAUCCUGACCGCCGACGCUGAUCCGCACGGCGAUGAGGCCCACGCUGCCUGUGUGGCCGCCAAGGUGGCCCCUGGCGAGCUCGCCCUCGUCGCGUUCUCCGUACACUCGACCGGCGUGGACCAAGUCUUGGUCCGCAGAGAGUGGUACGACAACGCGCUGACACGCGCCCAGUCCCAUUUCCCACUAUACCACGGUUCCGUCGUCCCUACCGAGACCAAGCCGCCGCGUCAGCCCCAAGCCAUGUCGUCUUCGCACCCCUUCAGCCAGCCGCCUCUUGGUCCCUCCCCCAUGGCUGUUGCAGUCCCCAGGAUGAAGACACCCCCGUCGGAAGAGGUCGAAGCCGAUGUGCAGCGUGGCGACGAAGGUGGUCGCGCGCGCGAGCCGAGAGGCAAGAACGCAAAGAGCAGGACUGUCGGCUGGAAGGACAAGGAUGCGGACAAGAAGGGCGUCGAGUCUGGCUUCGACUCCGACAUCGGUCUCGUCCUCACCAAGGAGAUCAAGAAGUCUGAGGAGAGCCUCCACGGCCGCCUCGGUCGGCUGAUCUCCAAGGAGCUCGACAAGCAGCACCAGCGUCUCGAGGAGGCUCGCCAGACUGAGCAGGCGGCAGAUCUCAUCCGCCAAGAGAAGAUUCUCAAGCUCAUCUCGACGGAGCUCACCAAGAACACGACGCGCGUCGUCGAGAUGGCUGUUAAGUCCGAGGUUCAAAAUUCCGUCCUGCCAUCACUCGAGAACAUUACCAAGGUCGAGGUCAAGAAUGCGCUCAGCAACCAGAUCGCGAAGGGGAUCAGCGACGCCAUGAAACAGGCGCUUCCCACCGAGAUCGAGCGUGUCCUCAUCCGACCUGAGAUGGCGACUCAGGUUGCUCGCGCGUUCUCGGCUACCGUCACCCCCGUCAUCGAGAGGCAGGUGAAGGAGACCAUUUCCAAGAGCCUUCUCUCCUCUUCUGCUAUGCACCAGGAGCUCUCCCGUGAGAUCCGUUCAGAGAUCUUGGGCCUCAAGAAGGAGGUGCUUGCAUGGCAGAGCGAGACUCUUCGUAGCCAGGAGUCGGUCAUCCGCGAUCUCGAGCAAUCCGUCCGGAUGCUCUCUGAUCAGGUCAAAUUCCUCAUGAGUCACCCGCCCCCGCCGCCGAACUUUGGCCAACACUUGCAAAACCGCACCUCCCCCGGACCCUCCAGCGCCGGCGGCAUGCCAUCGAGCAACCAGCUCGCUCAGCUCCUGCGUCAGCCCAACAUGGCACCCGGAGCGAUGUCCCAGUCGGCGAGCUACCAGCCGCACACUUCCUUCCAGCAGACACCUCCUCAGUCUCAGCCCCCCGCUCCCAUGCACGCCCCGUGGUUCGGCCCGAGUAACAUCGCGGCCCCGCAGGCAUCUCACCCCGCAGCCCCUCCCCCCAUUCCUCAGCAGCAGGCUCUGCAGCGUGCGACGCCUCCCUCCUCCGGACAGCCAGAGGAAUGGGAUGACACGUACCUUGCUGUAUUGGGUGCCCAGGACACUCGACAGCUCCGCGAGCUGCUUGCACGUUCGAACCCGGACAUUGUCAUGCCCAUCAACGCCCCCAGCCCCCUUUCGCAGGCCGUUUUGUUGACUUUGAUCCACCGCCUUUCAAACGUCGUCGGGGAGGUAUCGCCGGUCGAUGAGUCGUUCAAGGUGUCCGUGUGGUGGUUGCAGCGGGCCGCCACCGUUCUCAACCCCAGCGAUCCCUUGAUUGCUCCCUACACGUCUCGCGUGAUCCCGAACGUCCAGCAGCUGCUGAACACGAUCAAGCAGAGGCUUUCCAUUCUCCCUCAUCCGCCGAUCGAGGCAACGCGCGCUAUCGGUGACAUCCAGGAGAUCUUGUCCCGCAAGCUGAUGCAGCAGCAGUGA